AUGAACGAACACACCUGCCUCGAGUUAGUUUGUGGUCAGUAUGAUGGCCUCACUCCGGACGGUCGGCAGCAACGUAGCGACUUCAAAUUCUUCAACCAGGUCAUGGAGCAGUUCAGUAGCAUGAAUUUCACAGACAAGAAGGACAAAGGUCACACGUUGGAUAACAUGGUCGUUGAAUGUGUUUACGCUGGAGGCAAAUCACACACGGAUUUCAAAUAUUUUUCAAACAACUAUCAUGGAAAUUGUUACACUUUUAAUUCUGCAACGAGUUGGAACGAAAAUUCUAGCAUGAGAAUGUCAAGAAAAGCUGGACCAAGAUACGGCCUGUCCAUUUUGUUCAACGUUGAGCAAAAGGAAUACGUCGGGCAAAUGUCGCAGUCGGCAGGGUUGCGAGUGGUCGUCCAUGACCCUGCACGCAUGCCCUUCCCUGAAGAUGAAGGCAUUCUCGUCGCUCCCAAUGCACUCACUCAUAUUGCAGUCACCAUGGUUAAUAACUUUCUACUUCUGAUUAAAACACAGAAGAUAAAUGGUUUGUACGGAAACUGUCGCAGCACAGAUCAGACAGAUAAAAAUUUAACAAUGUACCAAAAGCUAUAUAAUGUUUCCUAUUGUGAAAAGGGCUGUUUAUACACGUGCUUGAACGAUCAAAUAAUACAAAAUUGUGACUGUGUGGACAUCAAAUUUCCCAAGCCUCCAACUGAUAAAAACAGCAGAACCGACCUUCGCCCAUGCUCAGCUGACAACUCGACUAUCACCGCGUGUGUUGAUAAAAUCUGGCGUGAUUACGAGAAUGAGAAUCUUCCAUGCAGCUCUGAUUGCACUGUUCCCUGCAGCGAAACAUUGUACAAGCCAGUUAUAAGCAGAGAAAUUUGGCCUUCCAAGAAUUAUUUGGCUCAAAUGGCACAAACGCCAAACUACCUAACGCUCUUCAAUGAGCUGAACAAAUCUGACAGCCAAGACUAUGGACAAUUUGUAGUUUUUCUUCAGGAUUUCAGUUACACAAGCAUUGACGAAUCUCCGGCUUACGAAAUCAUGCAGUUCAGCUCGGACAUUGGUGGCAUACUUGGUUUGUACGUUGGCUUUUCAAUACUGACCAUCGUUGAGUUCUUUGAACUUGCAGCAGAUAUCUUAGGACUAAUUUGCUUUCACAUUUAUUCAAGCAGCAAAACAUCCGUGAAGAACUGGCGGAGAGAAAAAAAAAUACGAAACUGCAAUCGAGUUCUUCCAUUUAAAAAAUCGCAAAUUUCAUUGAACGAAAUAUAUGUGAGCGGCGAAGAUGACGAGGACGAAGAAGAGAUGGAUCCCCGUGGAAAACCGCGAACGGGUUCCAGAGCUUCUGUCCUUAACAGGCGAGAUAUGACAUCUGUGCAUAUCUGA